UUACUAAUUUUAAACAGUCCAGGUUUGAUUCUAAAUUGUCCUGCUCACUUUCCAGUAUUAAAAACCAGCUUACAACAGAAGUUGUUACUUUGUUGUAAUGCGUUUUGGAUUUUGCUUUAGUAUAACUUGUUUGGUUAUAUAAAAACAUGCCACAGGGGAUGCUUCUGAGUUUGGCAAAGGGUUUAAUCAUGUCAGAUGUGCUUGAGAAAGUAAGAUUAUCCAGCUCUUACCUCAGUCACUUGUAACUGCUUUCUUCAGUGUAAAAGAUACCCUAAGGAAAAAAAACAAACACGUAAGGGUGGUGACAGGCCAAAUGAUCCAACAGUUUUGUUCACACCUCUGUUUUCUCUGCUCCUGCUCUCAUUCAGUGGUGGGUAGACAUUCAUUGUGGAUCUGACACGUAUAGUCCAGUCAUUGAUUGUCACAUAAUUUGGUAGCGCCAGACUAAUAACUUACCUCUGCAGGGAACCCUUUUUUAAGAGAGAGAAACAGGACUGACUGACUUCCACUCCUCUUAAGGGGGAUUCUGUCACCGUCUUCAGAAGAGUGGAUUUCAUUAGAUCAAUUUCCUUUACACGCCGCACAAGCUGCACUAAAAAGGCAUUUCUCUACUGGAAUAAGAAUAUCUACAUUCAGAUUUUGUACUGAUAUGAAAUACACGUGUUUUAUGCCUUAGAUCACAAUGGGAAACUGUGAUCUCUUAGUGUAAAUGAGAUCCCGUUUUAUGGUGUGACAGAAUUUAGGAAUGUGAAGAGAUUAGGCGGGAGGUGUUUCUAGUGCCUGAAACUGGAAUCUCAGAGGUCUGCAUUCUAUUUCUGGGUUUGCUACAGUUUUGUUACAUGUCUGUAGGAAAACCAUUUGCAUCAGAUAAACAAUAGUUUGCCACCUUGUGACAUUUGGGAUGUGUAAAGGGGAGCUGGCUGCAGGAGUAAAAGGUGAAGUAUCAUAUACCGCACUGUGGGGUAUCGUGAAAACAGGGUAAGGAAGAUGAAUUCUGUAUUGAAAUGCUCACUGGUAGGAAUCCUAGAGGAAAGAGACUGGUAUGGAAGAGAUGGUCCCAACAUAGGGUGGUUGCAGAACAGAUAUGGCACGUUCCGUGAAAGAACACAGAAGGUUAUCUCUGCAGAGCUUGCCUCAGAACUCUUAAAAGUUCUGGUCUGAUCCAAAAAUCACUGUAGCAGAUUCCCCCGUCCUGGUUUUAAUGAAUUCUGGUGCAGACCCAAAGUGAUUGGGAUGGUUCUGACUCAUUGCAUUGCGAUAUUGUUUGGGCACGUGCCCCAGAAGCGAUAGCAUAAAGAGUGUCUUAGAAAAGCAGGUUGGCUGUCGCUAUUUCCUCGGGUCAUGAAUGCACAGCUUCUCUGUCUGAAUGUGUAAGCGAUGAAUGACCAUCUCUAAUUCAGCCUGCUUUCACUGACCAGCAUGAGGAAAUCACUGACCAGAGGAAAAAAUUAAGGCUCUCAUUCCUCCUUUGAUACACUUGUGCUCUGUACUUGCAAGUGGAGUCUGACAAAAAUGUUGUAUUUUAAACCUUUGAACGUGAAACCACCUUAGUUUCCUAAGAUCGGUACAUAAUAGCUGGGGAGGGUUAUGCUUAUGCUUGUGAAUGGUGGUUUUAUUUCAGAUUAAUUUUAAGUGUGUGAAGGUGAUCUUUCAUUAUCUCAUCGCCUUUAUGCUGUGUAUUUGCUAAUGACAAUUGUCUUGGAUCAUUAAGUGUGGGAUCUAUUUUGGGCAUCUAACUGUGACUUGGGUGAAAGCCAGCGAGAGAUGCCUGCAGAAGUAAUGAGAAUGGAAGGCAGUGUCAGAUGGUGCAGAGUGAUAGACAUGGGGAACGCCAGCACAUCGGGGAUACGACUGGAGGGGCUGAACACUUCGGAACAGUUUUGUGUUCAGACUUCAGAAACGGGGCUCUAGGCUGACCUGGGUGCUUUAACGGUUCCUUGGUGUUGAGAGUGAGCUUGCUGGUGUUUGAUCUUUGCAGAACAAGGGUGUGAAUUAAAAGAUCAGCAAAAGGGGUGAGAUUUUUCUGGUUAUUUUUGAGGUAACAUUGCAUGGAUUUAUGCAUCUGCAGAGAUAGGUAUGUUCUUUGGAGGAUGCUGGGAAAUGAGUAAACUUGUCAAUCAAACAUAAAGUGAUGGUUCCCAGAGGCAUCUUGGGUGGGUUCCCCAUCCUCAAAGCAGUGUUUGUAACUUGCUCUUCUGAAUGACAGACUCUCUCUCUCAGAACAAUGGUUUUCUUUUAGGUGUGUUUGCAUUAAUGGUUUUUGUAGCUACGUACCUUGGAUUCUGAUGAAGGGAGUAGUCAGCUUGAGGGAUUUGUAGUCUUUGGGCGAGUCUCAGCAGUGUCUCCUGAGAUGUGAGCAUUUUCUCAUACUUGACUCUUGCCUCCACUCAGAACUUAAUCUUGCAAUUCAGGAUGAGCACAAGGUUUGGGGGUUUUAGCAAGGCUUGGCUUUGUCCUUUGUUUGCUUUUUCUGAAGUUUGUGGGUGUUGAACUAGGUCUUGCACCAACACUUCAAAAGAUCCUGCUCUGGACAAUUCCGAGCAGCAUUAUGUAAACUUACUAUGGAGCCAAUAGCUCAGAAAUGUCCUCGUUAUUGUAAAUGCUACUAAAGCAGUCAUUGUAGUUUCAAGCCUUGAGCAGUAUUGGUCAAUGAGCUUUCUCUGAGAUUACGAAAGGUUGAUUGAGGAAUACAAUAAUUUGCUUACAAAGCAGAAUUUGAGUUGUUUGUUUUCAUUGGGAGGGAAAAGAGACGUUUUCAUCCCAGGCAUGAACAUGGCUUUGGGAAGGGAAUUAGUGACCAAAGUACUAGAAUGGGUCACCUGGCUUCAUCUUGAAAAACAGUAAAAAUAUAGGCAAAGUAAGGAACAGCCAGAAAACGCCUGAGAAAGUAUGGGGAUGGAAAAUGGAAGCAAAAAAACCCAACCCACUGUAAUGCAUCUAGUGGAGGCUCACCAACACGAGGGUGGAUUUCCAGAGGAUGUUUAAUGGUGCUGUGCUUAUUCUGGCUGUCAGUGUCACUGCCUGUGGGGUUUCUGUCCUUUGCCGUAGGUGGCUGGGUGAGGGAGGUCAUUGCUAGAGCAUGGUUAUACUGGGAGGUGUGGGAGGCAGACCUGUUCCUGGUGCAGGGUUUUGAGGCAGGUUUGAACAGCUUUGUUAAUGCCAAUGCAUAGUCCUCAUGGAGCCCUUAGGAGAGCCACCACAGCUGUGGUGGAGACCACCAGCAAGGCUGCUACGGGGAGCAUGAAAGCUGCUGCUAGGAAUACCUUGCACUUCCCUCUCCUCCACGAGGUGCCUGCAGGUGUCUGUUGUGCAGUGGAGACGGUAACACCUGAAAUAUGACAGAAAUGGAUGUGUUUUGGGCCUGUGACAGAUGCGUGUCAGUCAUGGCACGUGAAAUAUGCAGGCUGUCCCAUGAGGCGUGCAGUUAUGCGUCCUUCAAAAAGGAGAGGAUGCAGUUUUGAUGUAUAGCUGAAAUACUUCCCAUUAUCUGGUAAGAGUGAAGCUGUGGGUCCCUUGGGGAGAGAGAGUGGAGCUUGCCCGGAUAAUGCCGGUGCCUGGUAUCUUCUCCUUCCUCCAUCCUGGACGAAGAGCAUGGAGGGGAGCACGCCGCAGGCUGGCCGUGGGCUGAGGCUCCCCACCUAACGAGUAUGGUGUGAAAGGGAAAGGAGUGGAGGGGAGCGAGCGGUCACAAAGUCACCCUGGAUCUCCUUUUGCUUUGGAGAUGGCAAUUGGAAAGGGCGCACUGCAUGCAGGUGUGCAGGUAUGGUGGGAGCCGUCACGGAAUUACACAGAGUUGUUCGCAGGAGCAUGGAAGCAGGUACUGCUGCCCGGCUCGCGUGUUCUGUAACUGGUGCCAAGCGCCGGACACAGGGACGGCCGAUUUUGUUGAUAACCCUUGUUGUUACUGGGUUUUGAAAGAGUGACUGUUAUUCCCCAACUGGUAUCAGUGUACAUGUUGAUGCAGUAGCCCUUCUGCUUGAAACAAAGCAAUCGGCAAUAGAAGGAGCAUAUCUGGAAGGGGAUUGCAUUGAUACUUGGCAUGCCUCCCAUGUGUUAGAAGCCCAUGGUUUAUAAAAAGGAAGGUGGAAAACAAAGCAGCCGUUUUUUUUUCUGAGUUGCGAUAUCUUUGUGCAUCAAUGAAAAGUCCAAGUAUGGCUUUGUUCAAGCAACAGAAGGUGGAGGAUGUUUACGAAAUCGGGGAAGAGCUGGGAAGUGGCCAGUUUGCUAUAGUGAAGAAAUGUCGAGAAAAAAGCACCGGUGUGGAGUAUGCUGCUAAGUUCAUUAAAAAACGUCAGAGCCGGGCCAGCCGUCGAGGGGUGAGACGCGAGGAAAUCGAACGGGAGGUUACUAUUCUGCAGCAGAUCCUGCAUGCCAAUAUCAUCAAGCUGCACGACAUAUAUGAGAACAAGACAGAUGUGGUCCUCAUCCUUGAGCUGGUUUCUGGAGGAGAACUUUUUGACUUCCUAGCACAGAAGGAGUCUUUGAGUGAGGAGGAAGCAACCAGAUUCAUCAAGCAGAUUUUGGAUGGUGUGAAUUACCUUCACUCUAAGAAAAUUGCUCACUUUGAUUUAAAGCCUGAAAACAUUAUGCUUCUAGACAAAAAUAUCCCUAUUCCACACAUCAAACUCAUUGACUUUGGCCUAGCUCACAAAAUAGAAGAUGGGGUUGAAUUUAAAAACAUUUUUGGAACUCCAGAAUUUGUAGCUCCAGAGAUAGUAAACUAUGAACCGCUCGGACUAGCUGCAGAUAUGUGGAGCAUAGGAGUCAUCACCUACAUACUGCUUAGUGGUGCAUCACCUUUCCUUGGAGAAACUAAACAAGAAACGCUUGCCAACAUCACAGCUGUGAAUUAUGAAUUCGAUGAAGAAUUUUUCAGCAAUACCAGUGACCUGGCAAAAGAUUUUAUUCGGAAACUCCUGGUGAAAGAUACACGGAAACGGCUUACAAUUCAGGAAGCUCUGUCUCAUCCGUGGAUCACGCUGAAAGAAGAAACAAAAGUCCAAGAAAACAAGAAGGCUGAGAACACACAGCUGAAGACAAAACGCCUGAGAGAGUACACCAUAAAGUGCCACUCGAGUAUGCCUCCCAAUAACACCUACAUCAACUUCGAGCGCUUUGCCCGGGUAGUAGAAGACAUUUCACUCACGGAACGGGGUUUCAGCACUUUGGCUGCAACCCACGAUUCCCUGCAGGAGGACAUCGAUGCUCUGGUUUCCAUUUAUAAUGAGAAAGAAGCCUGGUAUAAAGAAGAGAAUGAAAGUGUGAGGCACAAGCUGUCUCAGCUGAAGUAUGAAUACCGUAAAAUUGAAUCCCUGAAAAGACACCUACAGGAUGAUAUCAAGACUGUAGGUGCUGGUCUUACGGGCAUAACCAGGAAAUAUGCUGAUCUGCAGAGUCAGUAUGAAUCUCUCAGUCAGGAACUUUCUGAGGAACUCAAGUGGAUACAGGACUUAAUGAGUAGUUUUCAGCUGCAAAAUGAAGCCUAUGUGAAUGGGAACUUUGACUCUGUUUUCAACAAAGAUAUUAAUGAAUCACUAAUGGAGCUGUUAAAUAGAUCUCGCUGUGAAGAAUUCCUUGCAGGGUUGAAUCUUGAUAUAGCAGAAUCAAAUCAGUGAUGUAGAUCAGGUUAGGUGCGGAGUUUGCUGCCUGUUUCAGUGCACAUCAUUUUUAAAAGCUUUUGGUGCAUACAUUCUACACAAAAACAUCACCUACAAUGAAAAUUGAAAUUCUGAUGUAUUGCACGAGAUUCUGACCAAACCCUAAGCUCCUGGUGGUUUGUAGUGCUGAAGGCUUUUUUCCCUCAUGUUUGGUGUCUGAACUUGCAGGAACUAGAUUAUCACAGUGGUGUGGACACAUCUAACCCUGCAGCCCUUUGCGUUGCCUAUAUCAUACUUCUUCAUGUAGUACAAUUCCUGAAGAUUGCUAAGUAAUUAACUUGGAAUAAAGGGUAGGUCACUCUGUCCUUACUAGAAGCUGGAUGCCUGGAAACUAAUAAAUGUCUUGUGGAAAAUCUUUGGUGGGAUGAAGGAAACAGUCAUGUAGACCUGCUGCAGGCAGUUCUGUAAGCCAUAGGAGAGAAGUAUUUGCAAAAGUUAAAUCUGUCCUGUAAAACAAAGUAAAUGGUGCAGUAACGUAACAUUUAGCUAGUGUUGUGAAAAUUCUCUGUGAAAUGGCUGCCGAUCAAGAAAAGUGACGAUUAAUUUUUAGGCCUGUUAUGCAGGGUGAAAUCUUUUACCAUCAAGAUGUUAGCUGAAUUUCAAACUAACGGAUUAAUCAACAGCUAAGUUUCCUGUACCAAAGAAACCCUAUUCAAAAGACAGUUGGGAGCUUGUAAUGAACUGAUCAAAUAAGCAUGUAUGUAAUUUUACAGUGCAAAUGUUAAUUUGUGAGUGGUGAGUGAUAACGUAGACCUCUCCUUUGCUUCCUACAUUAAAGAGGAUGACAAAGCUACAACUAAUUUAAUCUGUGGUGUGGGAUUUGAGGCUAGUGUUCUCGGUGUGAAGAUUUUUUCUUAAGUUUUAGAAAGUAAAAGACAAGUUGUCCCAAAUUUGAAUCAUGCCCUGCAGUCUUGUAUUUCAAAGAAGUAAUUUGACUAUACUGUUUUAAUACGCACAGAUGUACCCAUCUCUUUUUUGGACACAAUAAAUAUUUAUGCAGUGCACAGUU